AUGAGAAAGCUACAUUUAAUUGCGUUUCAAUUUUUCCUUUUUUUGUGUGCUUUAUUAAGCAAUAGUGUUGUUUUAACAUAUAGCCUAACUGAAAAUUUAUAUUGGGAUCUUUUAAAAAUAUUUAAAAUCAAUGUAGAAUUUUUAAAGAUAUUACGUGAUAACAAUAUACGUUCUUACAUUCAAAGUUAUAUAAUAUCAGAACAUUUAAAACAUCAAUUAAAUAAUAAAGUAUAUAAUAAAUAUGAUUUAAUUGAUCACAUUGAAAGAAAUAUAUUAAAAGAUUAUCCUAAUUUAAUAUACAGAAGCAAUGUUAAUAGAACUGAAUUACAUAGAUUUUUAGAUAGAUUUAUUGUAGAUGAAGAACGUAUUAUUAGAGACUUUAUGAAUCACUUUUUUUAUAACACAUUUGAUAUAAAAGAAGUACAUAAUGGUUUAUGGAAGAGAUAUUAUGAAGAGCAAGCAGAUAUUACACAUUUAAAAACAACUUUUUUUUCUAUUUCUAAAGAGAUUAGCGAAACGUCGAAUAUAUAUAAUGAAGAAAAUACAUUGUAUUACAAUGAUAAUAGAGAAAAAAAUGUUUCAAGAUUAAAUUCUUUGAAAAAUAUAGUAACCCAAUUACAAAAUAAAGUAAAUGUAUUAUAUGGGUUAGGUUAUGAGGUAGUUCAACUACAGAGAGAUAUAAGAAGGGACCUUAUUAAUUAUAAGAAUACAAAAAAUGGUAUUAAUGAUGCAAGCAUAUUAGAUCAGUUAGAAAACAUAAUAUAUAUGUCCAUUUACAAUUUGGAAAAUAAAGUUACUUCAUUAAGGUUUCAACUUAAAAGAAAAAUAAGUUUUCUAUUGGAAGAAAUAGAUAGAUUAUCAAAUGAAGUUGGAAUUGAUAAGAAGCAAGGAAAAUUGUCCAAUUUUUCAUAUUAUAAAGAUACUAUUUUAACUGUUGAAGAAAUUAAGAGUGAAUAUGAGGAAUAUAUGAAAGGAGUAGAAUUUACUGAAAAUUCUGAUGUAAAAAAUACUUACACAUUUUUUGAGAAAUUAUUAUUAUUAUUAGGAAAAUAUACAUAUUGGUUGGAAAAUCAAAAUCCAUAUUCAUACUGUCAAAGAAAAGAUAUUCCAGAAGUUCUAAGUAUUAGUGUAAAACUUGUAGAAAAACUAAGAGAUUCUUUCAUUGAUGCUAAUAAUCGUUUAGUAAAAUUAUUUGAAAAUUUAUAUGAUGAAUUAAAUAAAUUUUUAUACACAGAAAAACAUAAUUCUACUACCAACAUAUAUAAUCUUGCAUGGAAUGAUAUAGAAAACUUCCAUGCAAAAGAUUUAUUAACUGGUUGUAAUAGACUUUCUCAUAUCAUUUUCAUUUUACAAAAAUUGAUAAGAAUUUAUAAAGAUAAAAAUAAUCAUUUAGAUAAGAAUUCUUUGUAUAAUUUAGAUAAAAUGUUAAUUAGUUUACAAAAUAUGCAAUCGAGUUUAGAAUUACAUAAAUCUCAAUUUGUUAAAUUAGUACAUAGUCCGGAAAAUUUACAAAUGAUAAGAAAUGAUUUAGAAACUAAUGGUAAUGUAUUUCGUGAAAAAUUUUUACGUAUAAAAACAACUGUUAAUUCAUUUGAGGUAGCAUCAGGUCAAUUAAAUUCUGAGAUAGAUAAUAUACUUUACUUAAUUAGUAACAUAAUUAAUAAUGACAAUUUGAUAGAAGAAUUUAGGAAAAUAAGAAAUUUAUGGAGAAGAUAUGUUAAAGAUAAUUAUAAACAAUAUAAGCAUGAGGAUAGACUUAUUAAGGCCUAUAAAGAAAAUAAAAAUAUUAUAUUUCCCCCUGAUUUUGGUUUAACAAAAUCAUUCAUAGUUAAUGAUAGUAUUAAUAAAAAUGUUUUAGCUUCUUCUUAUUUUACUAAUUUAUAUAAUGAUAUAAUAAAGAAAUUUGAUUCUUUAAAAACUCAAGAUGAAAUGUUAGAUCUAUUUUCAGUAGUAUAUAGGUCAGUAGAUUCUAUUAUAAAAUUAAUUAAAGAAAAUAGAAAAAUGUUAAAAUUAAAGUACGAUAAAAAACGAAAAGAAAUAUUAGAACUCAUAAAUAUUAAAAAUUAUUCCAGAGAUAGUGGUCAAUCAACUCAUACAGAAUUAAUUGAACUUGAAAAGAACAUUGUGAAUAAUUUGCAGAAAUUAUUUAUGAAUAAAAUUAAUUUGCAUAAACAAAUAGAAAAUUCUGUAGAACUCAUCAAAGAUGAUUUAUAUAAAAAUAAACUCCCAUCUUAUUGUAACCUUGUUGAAAAGUUUAUUACUAAAUAUUUUCUAACCAUAUCAAAAUGGAAAAUUUUCAUUAAUAGAAACAAAGGAGUUAUCCCAUCUAAUUUAAUAUACAAAAUUGAGAACGUGUAA